CCCAAUGUUCCAACUUCUCUCUGCUACUGGCAUGAAAUAAAGUCUCCAGGGGGGCGCUCUUUGCUGCUCUGGGGAGAUGAAAAGGGAGGGAUCCAUCUGUUGUGGUUCCUCCAACUCCAAAAUGGACUGUUUGAGAGCCCCUUCACUGAGGACAAUGUCCCUCAGAGGAUUUACAUGCAGGAUAUUGGUGACCACAGCCGCCUAGUCUCCUACCAACAUAUCCCCACAGUCCACCAGGAACCAAUCAACAGGAUCAUUUUCGAGCCCCACACUGACCUCAUCAUGACAUCAUCAGGAAGCGACGCCUCCUCGGUAGUCAUCAUGCAUGUGUCACUCAGGAGAAAACCCUAUGUUUGGAGAAUCAAUAAGGGUGUGACGUGCUUUGAUUUCAGCAGGUCUCUCAACCUAUUGGUGACGGGUGGUCUGGACCCUGCGGUCAAACUGUGGAACUGCUUCAUGACCGCUCGGCCAGUCGCGGUCCUACACGGUCACGGCACCACAGUACUGGAUGUGGUCAUCUACCAACCACUGGGACAGGUCCUCAGCUAUUCCAAAGAUGCUGAGCUGAGGGUGUGGGACAUCUCCUCCAAUCACUGUCUGAGGACCGUCCACCUGCAGUUCCCCUGUCUGCAGCCAGGGCGCGCCCCAGAGCAUGGCAACUUCCCUUUGCUGUUGGUGGCCCCGCCCUUCCUGUCGCAGACUCUGCCCCAUAUCCUGGUGUCCUGUCGAGACUACCUGGCCAGGCUGAGGCUGGAGAAAGGGGGGAGGGGGGAGGAGCAGGGAGGAGGGGGAAGACAAUGCCAUGGUGCCCCCCUCUCCUGUGCUCUCUACAACCCCACACUGAAACAGGUCAUCGCCGGAUGUGAUGACUCGUCUGUAUCAGUGUGGGACUUAGAAACAGGGAGGCUGCGUCUGAAGAUCACCAGUGCUCAUGGAGAGGAGGAGAUUACCUGCAUGGCGCUAGACUCCUCCCACAGACGACUCAUCACAGGCGCACGCAACGGAACCAUCAAGGUGUGGAACCUACUGAAUGGCCUCAACCUACACAAGCUAGAGCCUGUCACCCUCUCAGAUGUCACAGGGGUCAUCUGUCUCCAUGACAACCAGUUGCUGGCCGUGGGGUGGAGCCAGCAGGUCACUCAGUAUGACAUCAAAGGGGCUAAGGAUGUGUUUGUGAGGGCAGACAUGUCGUGGAAGUCAGGUCAGCAACACAGAGCUGACAUCCUGGUGGUUGACCACUGCCCUGCCCUGGGGGUCAUUGCAACGGGCAGCCAUGAUGGAGAGGUCAUCGUCUGGACUUUGGACACACAGAGACCCCUGGUUCGCCUGCGGAGGGCCACUCACUCACUGACAACACCGCCUGUGGACGCGUUGCUGUUCCUGCAGCGGAGGGGUGGGGACAAACACUGGAGGAACACACCUAUCCUCCUCUCCUCACAGGCUGGAGGGAUCUACUGGUGGAGCAUCACUGGACACACACACACCCAUGGUCAGUUCUAUGCCCCUGUUGGAGAGAAUGAGUGUGUGUUGGGGCUGACUUCAGACCAGGAGAACAACAUCCUGGUCACUGGAGACACAGCAGGGUGUGUUCAGGUCUGGGACAUCUCUCAGUACGCGCUAUGCAUCACACAGGAGCCCUCCUCAAGCCACCCUCCUCUCCUGCAGUCCUGGAGGGCCCAUGAGGGGGCGAUAGUGAGUGUAGAAGUGCUGGUGUACACAGAGAGACUCUUCUUCCUCUCUGGCUCUGUGGAUGGGACCAGUAGAGUGUGGACAGGGGAGGGAGGGCAUGUAGGUUUCUUUGGACAGGAACCACAGUGGAGCCUCGCUGACCCAGCCCCUCACCACACCUCCAGAGACCAGGUAAACAACCUGGCUGAGGAGGAGAAGGAAGAAAGGGAGAAGAAGAUUGAGAGUGAAAGUGACCCAUCACAGAGCAGCGAGGUCACAGGUCAAACAUCUGACCUUUUCAGCGGGGGUCCGGGUUCACCGGAGGAAUGGAUUUAUGAAGGGCCUGUAGAGGAAGCCCCAACACCAAAGAACCAGACAGGGCCUGUCGGCACAGAGGAGAGCCCUGCUCCAUGUCACACUCAACACGUCAGGGUGUCUCAGUGUCACCAGCUGUAUGGGGACAUCCAGAGGAAGAUGGCAGUUAGGAGAGAGAGGAGGCAGGUAUUUGGUGACAUCAACGUCAAUAAGCUCUUCCCCAUCGGGGGCUUGUGCACGCCCUUCCAGGCCCUGGCCGUGCAGGACUGUCAGCAGGUGUUCCUGCCGGAGGAUUUACCCAUGAGCCCUUGGAUGCAGCGUCAGACUCUGAGUUGUGUGAGUGAAGCGGGGCUUAGCUCCCUACAGCUGUCAAUCAACAGCUCAGAGCAAGAACAGGAAGCCACCUGACCAGCCUCUCCCUUCUACUAUUCUCCUCCUCCUUUCCUUCUCCUUCUCUUCCUCCUCCUCUUCCUCCUUCUCCUUCACCUCCUUCUCCUCUUCCUCUCCUCCUCCUCCACUUCCUUCUCCUCUCCUCUUCCUCUCCACCUCUCCUCCUCUUCUCCUAUCAGAUUAUAGUGUAAUAAUAUGUCAUAUGUAACAUGCAUGAUAUUAUAUACCUCACAAUCGACUCAUAAUAAUAAUAAAUAAUAAAACCAAAUAAUUAGCCCAUGAAAUUAAUUAGCAGCAUGUCUCAAUUUCCUCUGACAAAAUAACACUGCUGAACUCAGCUCAGACAAACAGUAGACCGAUGUAGCAUCCACAGUUACAACCAAUAGGAGGCACUAACAGACCAAUUUCCAGAGACAUUAUAGGUGGUACUAGACCAAUAUAUGGAGACAUUAUACACUACCAGCUAAAAGUUUUAGAACACCUACUCAUUCAAGAGUUUCUCCUUAUUUUACUAUUUUCUACAUUGCAGAAUAAUAGUGAAGACAUCAAAACAAUUAA